UCCGUGCGCCCGUUCCUGGGGUGGCCCAGAGCAAGGGCAAGUUUCGCCCGGGACCCGCCCAGCUGGCCGGGAGCCAGUAGCCGGGAAGGGCCGGCUGGCGCGAGCACCGCCCACCCCGAGUCCUGGGGGCGGGGCCUGGGCGGGGGCGGGGCCGCGGCCGAGGGCGGGGCAGGGAGGCAGCAUGCUAAACCGGGUGCGCUCGGCCGUGGCGCACCUGGUGAGCUCUGGGGGCGCUCCGCCUCCGCGCCCCAAAUCCCCGGACCUGCCCAACGCCACCUCGGCGCCGCCCGCUGCCGCUCCAGAAGCGCCCAGGAGCCCUCCUGCGAAGGCUGGGAGCGGGAGCGCGACGCCCGCGAAGGCUGUUGAGACUCGAGCGAGCUUCUCCAGACCGACCUUUCUGCAGCUGAGCCCCGGGGGGCUGCGACGCGCGGAUGACCACGCGGGCCGGGCUGUGCAAAGCCCCCCGGACACGGGCCGCCGCCUGCCCUGGAGCACAGGCUACGCCGAGGUCAUCAAUGCUGGCAAGAGUCGGCACAAUGAGGACCAGGCUUGCUGUGAAGUGGUGUAUGUGGAAGGUCGGAGGAGUGUUACAGGGGCACCUAGGGAGCUUAGCCGAGGCCAGGGACUCUGCUUCUACUACUGGGGCCUAUUUGAUGGUCACGCAGGGGGUGGAGCUGCUGAAAUGGCCUCACGGCUCCUGCAUCGCCAUAUCCGAGAGCAGCUAAAGGACCUGGUAGAGAUACUUCAGGACCCUUCGCCACCACCCCUCUGCCUCCCGACCACCCCGGGGACCCCAGAUUCCUCCGAUCCCUCUCACUUGCUUGGCCCUCAGUCCUGCUGGUCUUCACAGAAGGAAGUGACCCACGAGAGCCUGGUAGUGGGGGCCAUUGAGAAUGCCUUCCAGCUCAUGGAUGAGCAGAUGGCCCGGGAGCGGCGUGGCCACCAAGUGGAGGGGGGCUGCUGUGCACUGGUUGUGGUCUACCUGCUAGGCAAGGUGUACGUGGCCAAUGCAGGCGAUAGCAGGGCCAUCAUUGUCCGGAAUGGUGAAAUCAUUCCAAUGUCCCGAGAGUUUACCCCGGAGACUGAGCGCCAGCGUCUUCAGCUGCUUGGCUUCCUGAAACCAGAGCUGCUAGGCAGUGAAUUCACCCACCUUGAGUUCCCCCGCAGAGUUCUGCCCAAGGAGCUGGGGCAGAGGAUGUUGUACCGGGACCAGAACAUGACCGGCUGGGCCUACAAAAAGAUCGAGCUGGAGGAUCUCAGGUUUCCUCUGGUCUGUGGGGAGGGCAAAAAGGCUCGGGUGAUGGCCACCAUUGGGGUGACCCGAGGCUUGGGAGACCACAAUCUUAAGGUCUGCAGUUCCACCCUGCCCAUCAAGCCUUUUCUCUCCUGCUUCCCUGAGGUACGAGUAUAUGACCUGACGCAAUAUGAGCAUUGCCCAGAUGAUGUACUAGUCCUGGGAACAGAUGGCCUGUGGGAUGUCACUACUGACUAUGAGGUGGCUGCCACUGUGGACAGGGUGCUGUCGGCCUAUGAGCCCAAUGACCAUAGCAGGUAUACAGCUCUGGCCCAAGCUCUGGUCCUGGGGGCCCGGGGUACCCCCCGGGACCGUGGCUGGCGUCUCCCCAACAACAAGCUGGGUUCCGGGGAUGACAUCUCUGUCUUCGUCAUCCCCCUGGGAGGGCCAGGCAGUUACUCCUGAGGGGCUGAACAUCAUCCCUCCCACCACCAUCCCAGCCUCUCCAUACUUACUCUUCUCACAGCCCAAAUUCUGAAGUUGUCUCCCUGACCCUUCUUUAGUGGCAGCUUAACUGAAGAAGGGAUGCCUGCUAUAUCCAAAAUUAUAGCUAUUGGCAAAUAAACCAGAUGGAUAAAGGUG